CAUGUCGUUUUCUGAUACGUUUAAUCACGGACGUGAUAUAAGUUAGUGGUUUAGUUGCAUCUAUGAUGUACUAAUUGGAACAUUUUCAGGCGAGUUCAUCAGAUAAUAUCCAACGGAUUUAAAGAAUUUGAGAGCCUGGGAAAACAGUGAUCAUCCUCUUUGAAAGAAACCAUGGCAGAAGGAGGGACACAGGACAAAGACUCCGUUUUAGAUUUUGAUGAAGAGGAAGCAGAAGAAGACACUCCACUUGAAAAGAGGAAAAAGAUUUUUUCCAAAGAAUUGCGAUGUAUGAUGUAUGGAUUUGGAGAUGACCAGAAUCCAUACACAGAAUCAGUUGAUCUGCUUGAGGAUCUUGUUAUAGAGUACAUCACAGAAAUGACCAAGAAGGCCAUGGAUGUUGGGCGACCAGGUCGCAUUUCAGUGGAAGACAUCAUCUUUGUGAUAAGAAAAGACCCCAAAAAAUAUUCCCGUGUGAAAGAAUUGCUUUUGAUGAGUGAAGAACUUCGGAAGGCUCGAAAAGCUUUUGAUGAGAUCAAAUAUGCAACAACUAAGUGAUUGUAUUAUAUAAAUUAUCUGUUAUAUAUGUAGAUACCAAACAUAAUGAGUUGCUGGUGUGUGUAUAGACAAGUUUGUGUAUGCUGACAUGCCAGCUUCAUGAUAGACAUGUGAAGUCAUUGACAGUAAAGUAUGCAGUUAAAAAAAAAAGAUUUGAAAUAAAAUGUGUUUUAUGUG